UUCAGGUGUUGUGAAGAAUUCGGUAACGAUAUUCCGUGGAGCAGAAGUGAAUUGCGUCUCUCUGUCUCACUAUUCCCUUCUCUAGAGCUUUCUGUAGUGUGGGUUUUGCUCACAGCUCUUCUUCUUCUUCUACAGUAUCAGAAAACAACACAGUGUCUCGCGUUUUUGAAAACAUUUGGCUUCGAAAUUGUGAGAUGCAGCAAGUGUUUUACGGUUCCAAGUAAGGUCGAUGACAAUGGCGGGUACACGCGUCACAUGGAAUUGCGCCUCCGACCGAUGCUUCCACUUUUUCCCCUGUCUCUCCGAUCCCGCUCGGAGAUCUUCUCUGUGUUUGAAAUUGGCGUUGGUGUUGCUCCAUCUGAUCUAUGUCGGCAUUCUCUUCAUUUUCGAUAAGGAUUUGACAGACAAAACUAAGCGAGAACCAUGGUACACAGCAAUAUAUUUAUUGUUGUUUGUUGCUACAUUGGCUCAAUAUUUCUUGACCUCUUGUUCCUCUCCUGGCUAUGUUCUUGAUGCAAUGAGGGCUGCUAAUGAGACAGAUGCCUUAUUAAGAAAGACAUUAUUGACCUCAAAACAACCUGCUUCAAGUAAAAAUGGCAGCGUAGCUGUAACAGUGGGUGGGAAUCAGUUGGGAAGAAAUCUUUUAGGAAAUAAUGCAACAACUUGGACAAAGGUGGUGAUGGAGAUGUACCCGCCUGGAUCAUCUGUAAGAUCUUGGACUUGCACCUACUGUAAUAUUGUGCAGCCCCCACGAACGAAGCAUUGCCAUGAUUGUGACAAAUGUGUUAUUGAGUUUGAUCAUCAUUGUGUUUGGCUUGGGACAUGCAUAGGCCAAGGCAACCAUUGUCGAUUUUGGUGGUACAUAUGUGAGGAAACAGCGUUGUGCCUUUGGACUGGCGUAUUGUACAUUACAUAUCUAGAGAAUAAUAUAUCAAAGACGUGGUGGAUAGAUGUAAUCAUGAUCUUGCUGUUGAUUACUUUAUCAAUUUGGUUUAUCUUUCUGGUCCUCCUCCUCCUUUUUCAUAGCUAUCUUGUGCUAACAAAUCAAACUACAUAUGAACUUGUAAGACGACGGCGCAUCCCAUAUCUAAGGGGGAUCCCUGAAAGAGAGUAUCCCUUCAGUAAAGGAGCAUGCAGAAAUUUGUACAACUUUUGCUCCCCAAGAAGCAGCAAAUACAGUUUGGAGCCGCUGCCAACAGCACAGGAGAUUGAAGCAAAGUCAAAACCUUACACGUGCAUGGAUGUUUUAUCUUGUCGUUGCUGUUGUGUAUAGUUUGCCUCGUUGUAUUAUCCAUCAGCAUUUCAUAUUUUUUUUAUACCUAUAGUUUGUUGUGAUCCUCUCAUUGGAGUGUAUGUAUCCAUGUGUUUGAUUCAUUUAUCUGGAAGGCAUCAAAAAUAUUUUGCUUCUGUUUGUGGGUUGCAUAAGUUUGUCCUUGAGAGGGUUUUUGAUCUAACUGGUUUUUCAUGUGCUUGGAAUUCAGGGCAUUUUCUGACUUCUGUGCUCCCAAAUCAUUCUGAUUGUUUCAGUAUACCCGACUAUUGUCGAAUUUUUAUUUUGA